CACACCAACUAUACCCCCAACAAAAUGUCCUCCCAAACCGUCCUCCGACUCACCUCCCGCGAAUCAUGGGAUAAUCUCACCCCAACCCAAGAACCCAUCCCCUCAGCCGGAAAGUACGAAGUCCUGAUCAAAGUUCGCAGUGUGGCGCUAAACUUCCGCGACAUUGACAUUUCCACCGGCCAUUAUCCCUUCCCUGUCAAAGACCAAGUGGUUCCGGGAUCUGAUGCCGCGGGUGAUAUUGUUGCCGUGGGCGAUGGUGUCUCUGAUCUGCAACAGGGUGAUAAGGUCAUUGUUGCGUUUGAUUUGGCGACUAUGUAUGGACCCAUUAAAGGGUGGGGAAAUGGAUUGGGGGGUCCGGUGGAUGGUGUGUUGAGGGAGUAUAUCCUUGUGCCAGCGCAGGCGGUGGUCAAGGUUCCGGAGACGUCCAGGUUGAGUUAUGCUCAGUGGGCCAGUGUGGUUUGUACGGGAACUACGGCGUGGAAUGCACUUUUUGGGAAUGUGCCGAUUAGGCCGGGGCAUUCGGUUCUGUUCUUGGGAACUGGUGGUGUCUCGAUAACUGGUCUGGUGUUGGCCAAGGCGGCUGGUGCUACGACGAUUAUUACGUCCUCUUCUGAUGAGAAGCUGAGGCUUGUUAAGGAGAAGUAUGGUGUUGAUCACACCAUCAAUUACAAGACUACUCCCAAUUGGGCGGCCGAGGUGCAGAAGAUUACCAACGGAAAGGGCGUGGACUAUAUCUUGGAGACUUGUGGUGCGGGAACCAUUAAGCAAUCCAUCGAUGCCAUUGCCUUUGGAGGUAUCAUUUCCGUGAUUGGCUUCCUCGCACAGGCGUCCCAGGAGGAUAUGCCCAACGUGGCCGCACUGGUUAUCUGUAAAGGGGCGGUGGUGCGGGGCAUCAUGAUCGGUUCUAGACAGUUGUUGGAGGAGGCAGUGCGGUUCAUUGGGGCGAGGGAUCUCCCUGUGCCUGUGGAGAAGACGUUCCAGUUCAGUCAGGAGCAGGUGGUUGAGGCAUACCAGUAUUUGGCUAGUGGGCAGCAUGUUGGCAAGGUCUGUAUUGAGUUUUAAUCCGACUGUACGAUGCAAGUGUCUUUGUAUAUAUUUGACAAUAGAUAUGGUGAUUCUAGAUGCGCU